CGCCUGCCUUGCAGGGAAUCUCUAAUGAUUGAAAAAUCGAAGCACCCUCAUUUCAGCCAGCGCCGAGAAAAGAUCAAAUAAUGACCGGACCGCGCAUGGGAGUAUUGAGAGGGCUCCACCAGAGUGCAGUUUGCGAGCGACAGUCAUGUCAGACGCAGAAAAGGACAAGGAGAGCAUCGAGGCCGAGGUCGAGCAACCCCAGCUCACUGAGCCCACGUUCGAAAGCAAACCCAUUGCCCGUCGGGUUCAGUGGGUAACCACACGUACUGAGCUGUGGGCCUUUUACAUAUAUUAUAUUGGCAACAACGGGCUCUCUGGGUUCAAUUAUGGUCCUUCACAAUUUCAGAACUUGCUAUUCCUAGCUGGCUACGACCCGAGCCAACCACCGUUUACGACCCCCUGCGGCAGCAGCGGCUGUGUUCUUCCCUUCAUGGGGCGAGUGCGAGACAUUAACUCCAUCGUCCUUUUGACGAACGGCAUCAGCUUUGCUUUGCAAGCUGCCGUGUUAUUGCUCAUUGGAUCUUGGGCGGACUACGGCACCUGGAGACCGAACAUCACAAUCUUCUUCACCAUCCUCGCUGUCGCCGUCUCCUUUGCCUGGCUGGGCGUGCAGGACCCGUCCAAGUGGCCGGCGGGGGUGGUCCUGUACAUUCUCGGCCUCAUUGCUUAUCAGUGUUCGCUGACCUUUUGGACUGCUGCGUUCCCGGGCCUGGCGCGUGACCUCCCCGAAGUGAAGGAGUCCGCGGCUCAGGUAGACGACGGUACAAAACCCAUUCAGGAGCACGCUGACUAUGAAUCAAUUGCUCGCAACCGGAUCUCAAACAUUUCGUUCGCCGUUUGCUCUGCGGGCGAAAUCGUCGUCCUGGCGGUUAUGGUUGGCAUUUUGAAGGGCAUUAAAUCCGACGCCAGCACUGAGAACAACACGAAAGCGUUCAGCGUGCUUAUUGCAUUCUCUGGUGGUAUCUGGUUGCUCUGUGCCUUGCCUUGGUUCUUCCUAGAGAAGCGAAGACCAGGUCUAACACUCCCGCCAGGAACGUCCUUGCUUAUAAUCGGUUUCAAACAAACCUAUGUCGCGUUCAGGGAAUGUAUGCGAUUGAAGCAGACAUUCCUCUAUCUUAUAUUUUACUUUUUGAUGGGCGAUGUGUUGAACACGACCGUAACGGUCAUCGCAACGCUGCAGAAUAGCGUUGUAUCCUACUCCACUCUACAACUUACGCUACUCUUGAUUGUGGGCAUUGUGACCCAAGGUAUUGGGAUCUAUGUCUUCUGGAUAGUUCAGAAGAAAUUUCGCAUUUCAACUAAGAAGAUGCUCUGCUUCAACGUCUUCUGGAUCAUCGUCCUGACAAUCUGGGGCCUCGCCGGUGUACACACCACCAAGUUCGGGUUCAAGCAUGUCUGGGAGAUAUGGCUAUACCAGGCAUACUAUGGCCUCAUGGUCUGCCCGUGGUACGCUUACAGCCAGACGAUGAUCAGUGAGGUGUCGCCCCUCCCGCAGAUGUUCCUCUUUUUCGCGCUGUUUUCGGUCAUCGGUAAGACGUCUGCGUUCAUAGGGCCGUUCGUCACUUCGGCGAUUAUCACUGCGUCGGGGAACAACAACUCGAUGCCCUUUGCGUUCUUGUUUGCUCUGGGCGUGGUGAGCUGCGUCUUUCUGGUGCUUGUCGAUGUCAACAAGAGUAGAGAGGAAUGCGAAGACUUUGUGCUCGCCGAAGCAAAGCGCGAAGCUUUCGGCAGUUCUUCCUCUUCUACCCUGUAGUAUAUAGAACCCUAGAACGUAUUGCGUAUAUUCUCUACUCGUUUAAAAUGUACAACAUGCGAGCGCAGUUGGGCUCAUUAUUUCAUGGAGUAGUGUGAUGCAGACUACAGUAUCCACUCCCAAGCGUAUCCAGUUCCACACUAAUAAACCUAGUUCUAGUAACUUAUAUGGCGAUAGCAAUGUGGAAUAUGAGUGAUCGGGUAUGUACCGACCCGAGAGUAUUUAAAGGGGACGGUGGGCUGGUCAUAGUAGGUGCGGCAGAGGUUGUGUUGACGGUGCCUGGCUGGAGGUCAGAGAAGAUCCAGGGAAAGACGGAGACGGCAGAGUGCCGGUGCCAAACAUAGCGCUCUGCUUGAACAUGUCAGCGGUUCGAUCGCCAGAUAGCGGUGGGUUGACGGCCAGGACCAUGCCGUUCUUGCAGUCGUCGCCAACUGAGGAGAAGAACCUAGUUCGACAAGAAAUUGAGG